UUUGUAGUUUUUGCUCCCAAGAACACCGACGGAUGGUUUAGAGCUUUUUGAAGAGAAAACUACAAUUCCCUGAGAACUCUUUGAAAGUGCUACUUGUCAAUAUGGCUGUUGUCAGACAGACAAAGCGGAGAUGCAAAUAAUUCGCCUCUGAUUAGAAAUUCUUGGGGAAAAAGAAAGUCGAACGGAGCACUGGCAUUAAAAUCUGCGUUAACACGGGGCCUCGGUUUCAGGAGAAGUGUGCUGUUGGUCGCUUGUCUAAGGUAGAUGGUGAAGCAGACAAUUUAGACCGAGUUCAGGAUCAGGAUGUCUGACUUCAGCGAGGAGCCGCGCUUUACUAUAGAGCAGAUAGAUCUGCUGCAGCGGCUGCGUCGCUCCGGCAUGACCAAGCAGGAGAUCCUCCAUGCACUCGAAACUCUGGACCGGCUGGACCGGGAGCACGGCGAUAAGUUUGGUCGUCGCACCUCAUCCUCCUCCUCUUCCUCCUCCUCCUACAUGGUAGGCGGAACAAACAGCUGCACCAACAACUCUGCCUCCAACAACACUGCCUCGGCAACUACCACCUCUUCCGUGACGUGCAACGGCGCCAUCAACAAUGGCGAAGCCAGUGUUGGCGACCACUCCGCUACCACUGCUUCCUCUAUAACCUCCAAGAUAUCUACAGCCACACAGACACAGUUUGGCAGCAAUGGGGGGCUCUCGCCUGCUCUCAGUAACACCUAUGACACCUCCCCGCCCCCAGCGCCGCCUCCCUCCUCCACCAUCCUUCCUUCACCUGUCUCUUUGGUUGCACUGUCACAGAAUGGGCGUGACAGUCUAGCUGCCACGCCCAAUGGAAAGUUGUCUCCUCCUCGGUACCCUGUCAACAGCGCCGCAGCAGCAAGAACCUUUGGAUUUGAGGCUAUCGAAGAGGACCUUGAUGUUGACGAUAAAGUGGAGGAGAUGAUGAGGAGGGAUAGCAGCAUGGUGAAAGAGGAGAUUAAAGCAUUCCUGGGGAACCGGAGGAUCUCUCAGGCAGUGGUGGCUCAAGUUACCGGUAUCAGCCAGAGCAGAAUCUCCCAUUGGCUGCUGCAGCAUGGCUCUGAUCUGAGUGAGCAGAAGAAGAGGGCCUUUUACCGCUGGUAUACUCUGGAGAAAACCACUCCUGGUGCAACUUUAAACAUGCGGCCCGCGCCCUUGCCUAUGGAGGAGAUGGAGUGGAGGCAAACACCUCCACUGGUCACUGCUCCAGGAACCUUCCGACUUCGGCGGGGAAGCCGUUUCACUUGGAGGAAAGAGUGUCUGGCCGUGAUGGAGAGCUACUUCAAUGAUAACCAGUACCCGGAUGAGGCCAAAAGGGAGGAAAUUGCCAAUGCCUGCAAUGCUGUUAUUCAGAAACCAGGGAAGAAGCUAUCUGAUUUGGAGAGGGUCACCUCCCUCAAAGUUUACAACUGGUUUGCAAACCGCCGCAAAGAGAUAAAGAGACGAGCUAACAUUGAAGCCACAAUCCUGGAGAGUCAUGGGAUAGAUGUGCAAAGUCCAGGGGGACACUCCAACAGUGACGACGUUGAUGGGAACGAUUUUACAGAACAGGCAUGUGAUCUGCCUUAUUUUGACAAGAGACCUCUCAGCCGACCAUUUGGCCUUUAUCGGUUAGAACCCACCUCCCCUACACAGGAUGACAGUGCUACACACAGCGAGCACCAGGACCCAAUCUCUUUGGCUGUGGAAAUGGCUGCUGUCAAUCACACAAUUCUGGCCCUAUCUAGAACCGGAGGAGUCCCUAACGACAUCAAGACAGAAGUCCUGGAGGAUGACUGAAUGGCAAGAAGGGAGAAUGCACCAAGAUGGUGAAGGGAAGGAGGAAUUAAAAGGUGCAUUUUAACAGCAGAAAUGUUACCUGAGAACUGGGAAGAUUUUGGAGGACCAUUGUCAGUUUAAACCAUGGGAAGAAUAUGUAAAUUGGUGUAAGCGCUUGAGUUCCGUGUCGGAAAAACACCGUACCUGGUGUAUACCACUCAUGAGGUUUUACGAGGGCAGUCAAAAGGUAAUGAGUCCAAUUUAAUUUAAACUAAGAAAGGAAUUUAUCUGACUUAUCUUGUUUUUUUUAAAGCCUGUCCUCUUGGCAGCCAUUUUCCAAAUUGGGUCAUUGUUGGAUGCCUGUUAGAAGGCAAAGAGCUGUAAUUGAAUUUCUUGCAUUAGACGGGCAACCACAGCUAAACACUUUGAAAAAGUUGCAAAAUGUGAAUUAGGGAGCUGCAUUAGGCUCCAGCCCAGUUAAAAGGUGGGUGUCCAGGAUCAAAGGUGCAAAAAAAGAGCUUGCUUUGAGCGACCUCUUUGACUAUCAAUGUGCGGUAGACCGUCUUCAGUGGUUAAUUUUGGGUGUAGUUGUAGGAUUAAUUGGGCUUGUUACUUUUUGUUUUUACUGUGCCCUUGUACAAAAAUGUUCUGGAGACUUAACAUUGCUAAACAUAUGUACAACACACAAUGUACGGUGGCAGCAAAAUUACCAGGAAAGAAACCCUGAAAACAACCCAGAAACUUAAAUCAAUUGAGUGUCGAAGGUUGGGUGAAACAAAAUGCAGUGAUUAGUUGCCCAAUCAUAUGUGUCGUUUGGGGUUCAAGAUCCCCAUUUCAAAGAAAAAACGUUCCUGGGCCUCUCGAAAGUGUCCUCCUCCUAGCAUCUCAGAAAAAAAUCCAAGGAUCUGAAUCGAGGCGAUAGUUCCUAUAAUCCAAAUGUGCAACAUUUUGCCGUAAGUUCCUCGUUCCAGGGUGUUCCUUGUUCUUCAUGAGACCUCACACACUACCUUCCCGAAACAAUCCAUCAUGACUGAUUGUCUCAAGUUUCCUUAUGUAUUAACUAAUCUUCACCACUAAAGACAAAGGAUACAGCCUGAAAGUUGUCAUUGGAGUAAGAAAAAAGGAAGUGGAAUCCCUAGCCUUUUCUCAAAACCAAAACCUGUGCUUCUCAUUGUACAUCCCUUGUUUCCCCUCCUCCUCCUUGGACACUGUCGUCUCUUUUUUUUCUCCCCCACUCCUCCUUACCUCUACAGCCUGGUUGUCUGAGCCAAUCCUCAUUCAGUCUCACGCAGCCUCAGAGACAAACUCAGCAAAUGUGUACUAUAUAUAAGAUAAAUGGGUGUUCUAGUUCUCAGUCACCCCACCUUAAUGGUGUGCUACCUAGCUACUCUCUGACUUACCCUUGUCAUUGUGCAAUUAACAGCAAGAGAAGCCUCUGGACGAUGUCUUUUGGAGAGACAAAUGGAGAGCGUCUCCUUCGUCACAACAAAUCUGUUGGUAGGCAGUUCCGUUUCCCGCCCUCGCAACCGUUGGAAUGUUCUCAGCCCUUGACAGAACCUUUGAGGUUUUCUGCUGUUGAAUGUAAACCUGAAGUUGAAUGAACACAUUUCUUUUGAAUCUCCCUACAGAACUGCUUGCAGUCAGGAAUCAUGAUUAGAACUGUGAUAUCAAAUGUUUUUUGUUUUUUUUUUAAGUGUGAAAAAACCUAAUGGUAAGUUUACAUUCAACAGUAGAAUGUCUUCACAAUCAUUGUGAUAUUUAGCUCAUCCAUGGCUUAAGUGCUUGAGGCGAUGAAGAAUCAGUUUAUGGGUCAAUGUGAUAAUCAAGCAAAUGUAAGCUAUCUACUAAUGGAAUCUGUUUUUUGUUUUAACGCCAUCCAUGCCAAAGGAAAAGAUGCUGUGACGUGGCUGGCUGAAAAUCGGCUUUCAGCACCACCUUCUGGUCUGACCACGGUCUUCUCGGACAUCCAAAGCCAUUUCUUCAAAUAGAUCUGGCACAUGUUUUAGAUGUUUUCUAUUAGGCCAGUUUGACCCAAAUACAGCAAGUUGUAAUGUUUGCUAACGGAGGUCGGACAUAUAAUAGUGGCUUUUCUGCCUCUAUCUAUCAUGGCCAAAAGAUUGUGAUUUGAGAUUUUUUUUUUUUUUUUUUUUAAGUAACUACGGACAUCAAGCCUAAACCACACAUGUCCAGACCGGACUAUGCCAAUUUAACUAGCUCAUGGGUGAAAAGUACCAGAGGCCCCGGAGCUCAGUGGUUAGAGCACUGGUUUGGUAAACCAGGGGUUGUGGGUUCGUAUCCCACUGGGGCCUCCACUCCCUGAGAAGGGUUGCGUCAGGAAGGGCAUCCGGCGUAAAAGUUGUGCCAAACAUAUAUGUGCGUUCAUCUGAGAUGACACGCUGUGGCGACCCCGAAAGGGACAAGCCGAAAGUAACCUCAUGGGUGAAAAGUAUCACCUUUGAAUGCAAUUGUAGCUCUCUAAAUUGUCAAAAUGGCAGAAGUGUCAUUUCUUCAAGCCAGUCUCCGACUGAUGACGCGGCAACUUUUUGGUUAAACUGAGCACGGCACUUUUCACCAAAGGAAUAGAGUUACAUUCUGGGGAAAAAUGCUUAUGUAUGUUUUCUUUAUUUGAGAAUCUUUGUAUAGACAGCAGUUAACAAGUUCAGGAAGUAAAUGUCUUCACUCAAAUAUGAGCAGUCUGUCAACCUAAUCAGCCUGGACUGAUUUCAGUUCAUAGUUUUGAAUGGUCAGCUAUUGCUUCCAUUAUUGCACUAUGAGAUAAGUUGUUUUUUUUUUCUUGUUUUUUUUUUUGUCAAGUGUGGGGGGUAUUGUAGUUUUGCAGCAUAAAUCCAUUCUGAUUUUUUAAAUUUACAGUAUUUGCCCCCUUUCUGAUUUAAAAAAGAAAAAAAAUUCAUAAAGGUGUCAGAUAACCCAACCCAUUUUAAUAUCACUCAGACACAACCCAAGGUAAUAGAAAAUUCAGUUUUAGCUGAACUGCCCGUUUAAUGUUACAACGCCACAGCAUCUCAAUUCUACUUAAAUCUGGACUUUGACUUGGCCACUCCAAAACUUUUUUUUUUUUUUAAGUCAUUCAGCGCUGGAUUUACAAGUGUGUUUCGAAUCAUUGUCCUGCAGCAUGAUCCAAGAGCACUUGAGUUUGAGGGCAUGAACUGAGGCCUCCUUUAGGAUUUUCUGAUACACAGCAGAAUUCAUUGUUCCAUCAAUCACAGCAAGUUGUCCUGGUCCUGAGGAAGCAAAAUAGCCCUAGACCAUUACACUGCCACAACCAUGCUUCACUGAUGGCAUAGUGUUCUUUUUAUCAUCAAAUGCUGCGCCAUUUUUACACCAGAUGUAACAGGCUGCAUAUCUUCCAAAAAGUUACAUUUUUGAACUGUCAGUCCACAGAAUGUUUCUCCAAAACUCUUGCCCAGAAACAUCUUGAUCAAGAUGUUUCUGGGAAAGUCGUUGUCAGAAUCUUGGUGGUCCACUCCUGAGAAGAUUUGCCACUGUUCUCAGUUUUCUCCAUUUUUGCAUAAUGUCUCUGAUAGUGGUUCAGUGGAGCCCCAAAGCCUUGGAAAUGGCUUUGUAACCUUAUGCAGGCUGAUGGAUUUCAAUCACCUUUUUUUCCUCAUUUCUUCUCGAGUUUCUUUGGAUUGUGGCAUGAUGCAUUGGUUCUUGAGAGCUUGUAGUCAACUUCACAUUCUCUGACUGAUUCUAUUUGUGAUUUCUUGAUUCAACAAGUGUGGUGGUAAUCAGGUUUGGGUGUGGGUUGUGGAAUUUAAUUCACCUUUCCCAAAUUUGUAGUUAGUCACAGUGGCUUUGUGAUUACUUUUUACAGGGUCAGAAAGAUUUUGAUUUUUUUUUUUAUGUGCCUUAAUACAUUAAAUUGUCAUUUGAAAAGUGCACUUUGGGUUUCCUCGUGUUAUCGCUGAGUGAUAUUAGAAUUGGUUUGAUUAUUUGAAACCUUUGUGUGUGAUGGCCAAAAAAUGAAAACAACAGGAAGGGGCAAACACUUUUUCAUGGCUCUGCGGAACAUUUCAACGUGCAAAGGAAAAUAAUUGAAGCAAGAAGUAAAAAUACAGUUUUAAAAAAAUCAGGUUCUCCAAAACUCUGUAAAGAACUGACUGAAUAAGGUGUAAAGAGUGAUUCAUUUUCACCUUUCCCUUAAUAACAAAAAUAUUGGAACUUUGUUGCUCUUCGUGCUGUUAUGCUCGUAAUGAAAUUUAACCAUGCUCGGAUUUUUUAUCCCUACUUUUCUUUAGAUGAAUGGAGAUUCAUGAAUUAUUGUAUCUAUUUAGCCUGCCAGUGAACUUACAAAAUGGGUAUCCUGCUUUUCAUUUUUAUUGGUACCAUUUAUGUAUUCCUAAACAUUCCUCUUAAUAAAAGUAAAAAGAAAAGGAAAAAAAAUAUCACAAAGCACUGUACAGUUUCAUUGUGACAGCAUCAAGAGUAAAUAAGUUCCAGUAUUAAGAGUUGAAAAUAAAUUGUAUCCACACAUUGUCCUCCAGGAACUAAGAUCUUGCAAAUAUAUCAAUGCAAAUUGUUUAGACUUUUGAGUUUUAUAGAGAAAUAUUUUGCAUAAUAAUCUUAGUCUGUAGGCUAAGAUAAUCAUUUUUUAUUUUAAUUCUUUUUGGGGGGGGGCGGAGGGGUCAUUUUUUUUUUUAAAUAGUCCUCAUUAAUCUGAUGCUUAAAAAAGUUUUCCCGAAGUGUGAAACUAUUCUUUAUAGAGAUAAUUUUGGAAUGUUUUAUCAGGAAAUGAGUAUGCAAUGAAAUACUAAGUUUCCUUUGAAGGCAUUUCAAUUGUCUGAUUUGGACUGUGGUUUAAAUGACAUUGAAAGUAUUUAUCAAAAGCUCCCCUUAAAUCUAAAAUCUUAAGCAUGUAUGAGGUGAUUACUCCUAUCUGGCACAUGCAUUUCAAAAAGGAUUUAAAAACAAAAAGGAUUUUAGGGUAAAAAGAAAAAAAGUAUUUAUACUCAUUUUUUUAGGCUAAUGUACAAAGUGUUUUGAAAAAAAAUAAAUACUGUACAUGGUUAUUGUUAAAUUAAUCAGUUUUAUUUUGUUUGCCUGUUUUUUUUUUUUUAAACUUUCUAUUGCCAUUCAUUACUAGACUGAGCAAGUCUUCCUGUUUGUCUGAGGUAUGGAGUGAAAGACAAAUGACAAUGCACCUUAAAAAGAGGAAAAUGUUUUGCUUUGGACUUCAACCUGAUAUGAUCUUGUCGUCUGCCCUUAAAUCAGCCUCCAUUGUGAAAUUAACGCAGUUUGAGCUUGCCUAAUUUGUCAGAACUGGUGGAGGAAAAGGAAAAAAAAAUAAUUGCCAUAUUAGACAAAUACACUUUAGUCCAGAAAUGUUUUUUUUUUAAAGCAUUUUCCCUUGCUACACCACAAUGGAUUUGUAAUAAAACAAGAUGUGAUUGAAUCCUACUAUUAAAGAGAUUUGUUUCUAAAUAUGUUUGAGGGUAAUUGCAGUAAAAUGUGCGAAAACAUAACUAAGUAGUUCAGAAUUGUGGAGAUAUAGUGGUAACCUGUUUGUCACCAUUUUAGAUUUCCUAACUUUAAAAUCUUCUGUCAAGUGGCAUCAAUAGUAAACAGUGAGCCCGCACAAUAAGCAGCCAUAUAUAACCACUCUGUAAUGUCAUUAUUUAAGAUCUGAUUUAAAUUGACCUUGGUUUCAUUCGUCAAAAAAAUGAAAUUACACAACAUGAAAUGCCUUUUUUGUUUUUUAGUGUAACAAAUGCCUUUUUUUGUGGAGCAAUUUAAAAAUGACAAACCAAUCACAUCGUGUUUUUCCAAAUCCAUUUAACUUUUUUUUUAAACUCUAGGCAAAAUAACAUUUAAAAAAAAUUUGAAUGUAGUUGUCAGUUGUUGUUGCGUGACGAUCGUGGCCCACAUAAAGAAUAUAAAGAUUACUUUGUCAUUGCCGCGCACAUACAAGUGUGAUGAGAUGUUCUCACUUCAAGCCACUUUCAAAUUAAUUAUUUCAGAGAUUAACUAUCAGUCCAAAUUUCUAUCCAGCAGUGUUUAACCUGAGUGUUCAAGCUCAGUAGAUGUCAUUACUGGAUGAACAAAAGGAGUGUCCAGGUGCUAAGGUAGUGAAUCGGAUGUAUAACAUUUCCAGUAAGGUGACUUUGCUGAGACAAAGCCCGGCAACCCAAGCCUUGUCCCUCCCAGCAUCAACAACUACUCCCGUCGUUGUGCUUCUUUCUCUGGAGGUGUCCAUUUGUGGUACGUCAGGGUUUCCAUGUUAUACGGUUCUCCUCAAUAUCACCUGUUAAAACACCUGAUCCCAUUUUAGCUCAGAAAAAGAGGACUGAAUGCUAGUGUGUGUCCAUUUCAAAAGCUGUUAUGUUCAGUUUUAUUGUAUUGCCCAUUUUGAAAUUUAGUGCCUUUUUUGGACAGUAGACUGUUCUGUAAUUAAGAUGUAGUAUAUAUACAUUUUUGUACAGUUUCUUUGUUCAUUUUUUUAACUUGUGUUUAUUUUAGUAUGAUAUAUAUAAUGAACAAGAGAAUAAAGGUAUAUCACUGAAAUCUCUGGAUUUAUGACUUUGUGUAAAUCUG